AUGGCCGACUAUUCGAUGUACCACGCCCUCGGCCAGGGAGAGCAGAUCGACCCCAAUGACCCUAAUCGAACGAGCCAACCUGCCCCUCCCCAAUUCAACCCUCCGAUCGCGCCCCAGCCAUACCAGCAAGGUGCGCCCUAUGGCAGUCCUGCCGCGCCUCAACAACCCUUCUACGGCGGACAGCCGCCUCCGGCCGGUCAUCACCCGCAACAACAGCCUCUAGGAUAUGGCGCUCCACCACAGCCUGGUGCCGUGGCCCCUGGUGCCGACGAUGGCCUCGCCGCUCAGAUGGGAGGGAUGUCGCUUGGUGCUGGCGAGGGACACCACACUAUGCGGAGGAAGAAGAAGGACCGCCAUGCAUUUCACAACGUUGAGGCCCCCGCGGCCCCCCUCGGUGUCGGUGCUCCUGCCUUUGGUGCUAUUCCCAGCGCUGCUGCGCCCUCUCCUGGAGCUCCCGCAGGAUUCUUCUCUCCCGAUGCCGGCGCGGGGCCCCAGCUUUUGAGCCCUGCCCAAGGUUUCGCUCCCGCCAUGAGCCCCGGUCUUAGUCCCAGCCUGGGGGGCAGCCAAUUCCCUCCUUCGGCGAACCCCGCCUUCUCUCCGGUACCCACCUCCCCCGCCGGCUUGGGGCUGUCCGCGCCUGGAACAAGUGUCCCUGUAGGAGGAGGAGGUUCCGGCUUCGGUGCUGCUCCUGGUGGCCCCGCGACAGUCACGCCGGACGAUCUGCCUAGUGUGCCAAUGAUGCGCGAUUCAACCCAGCAGUAUUUCCUCCGAAAUACUUACCCCACGUUCGAGCGACACGUUCCCCCGCCAGCCUCCAUAUCCUUCCGCGCAUUCGACCAGGGCAAUGCGUCACCCAAGUUUGCCCGUCUGACCAUGAACAGCGUCCCUGCAACGGGCGAUGGACUUAAUACGUCAUCCCUACCUCUCGGUCUCAUUCUCCAACCCCUCGCCGCUCUUGCGCCCGGUGAGCUACCCAUCCCCGUGCUCGACUUCGGCGAAGCGGGACCGCCGCGAUGCAGGCGCUGCCGAACCUACAUCAACCCCUUCAUGAUGUUCCGCAACGGCGGCAACAAGUUUGUCUGCAAUCUCUGCUCUUAUCCCAACGAGACGCCCUCCGAGUACUUCUGCGCGACUACGCCCGCGGGCGUCAGGGUCGAUCGCGAUCAGCGCCCCGAGCUUACCCGCGGAACCGUCGAGUUUGUCGUGCCCAAGGAGUACUGGACUCGCGAGCCUGUGGGUAUGCGCUGGCUGUUCCUGAUUGAUGUUACGCAGGAGUCCUUCAACAAGGGGUUCCUGGAGGCUUUCUGCGAGGGUAUACUAGCGGCUCUCUAUGGUGGCGAGGACGGCGAGGAGGAUGAGAACGGUGAACCGAAGCGCCAGAUUCCCAAGGGUGCCAAAGUUGGCUUCGUCACCUUUGACAAGGAUAUUCACUUUUACAAUGUCAAGCCAAGCCUUGAACAAGCUCAGAUGAUGAUCAUGCCCGAUGUUGAGGAUCCUUUCGUUCCCCUGAGCGAAGGCCUCUUCGUAGAUCCCUAUGAAUCAAAGGCCGUCAUCACCUCUCUCCUUACGAGGCUUCCCACCAUCUUCUCUACCAUUAAGAACCCCGAGCCCGCGCUCCUUCCUGCUCUCAACGCCGCCUUCGCUGGCCUCGAAGCUACGGGAGGCAAGAUCAUUUGCUCAGCGGCGGCGCUUCCUACUUGGGGGCCCGGGCGGCUGUUUAUGCGAGACGACGGGAAGCAUAUCGGAGGAGAGAUUGAUAAGAAGCUGCUUACGACCGAGCAUCCUCUUUGGACAAAGCUUGGCGAGCGCAUGGCCGCUGCGGGUGUCGGUGCCGACUUUUUCCUAGCCUCGCCUUCUGGCGGCUACUUGGACGUUGCUACGAUAGGCCACGUUUCCUCAUCCACUGGCGGUGAGACUUUCUACUACCCCAACUUCAUCGGCGGACGCGACAACGCGAAGCUUUCUUCCGAAAUCAAGCACGCCGUCACACGCGAGUCAGGUUACCAAGCGCUCAUGAAAGUGCGAUGCUCGACCGGUCUCCAAGUCGCCGAAUACUUCGGCAACUUUAUCCAGCACUCGUUCGGCGCAGACCUCGAGAUCGGCGUAAUCGACGCCGACAAGGCCAUCGGCGUCAAGUUCUCGUACGACGGCAAGCUCGACCCCAAGCUCGACGCGCACUUCCAGUCGGCGCUCCUCUACACGACGGCGAGCGGCGAGCGGCGCGUGCGGUGCACCAACGUGAUCGCCAGCGUCAGCGAAAACACCCGCGACUGUAUGAAGUUCGUCGACCAGGACGCCGUGUACAGCAUGAUCGCCAAGGAAGCCGUGACGAAGCUGGCCGCGACGUCGAGCAACUUCCGCGAUGUGCGCAAUUGGCUCACGGAGCGGACGAUCGAAAUACUUGCUAGCCACCGCAAGCACUUCACCUCGCAGAGCGCGCCACCGGGUCAGCUGAUCCUCCCCGAGCGCCUCAAGGAGUUCGCCAUGUUCAUGCUCUGCCUCGUCAAGUGCCGCGCCUUCAAGGGUGGUAACGAGACGUCGGACCGCCGCGUGCACGAGCUGCGCAUGAUCCAGUCCAUCGGCGCGCAGGAACUCAGCCUGUACCUGUACCCGCGCAUCAUCCCCAUCCACAACCUCGAGGCCACGGAUGGCUUCGUCGACUCCGAGACGGGCGAGCUCAAGUUACCCCCCGCCAUCCGCGCGUCCUUCUCCAAGGUCGAGCCAGGCGGCGUCUACCUCGCCGACAACGGCCAGCAGUGCCUCGUCUGGUUCCACGCGCAGACGUCGCCCGACCUCAUCGCCGACCUGUUCGGCUCCGAGUACCGCUCGCUGCAAAGCCUCGAUGCGUACACUUCGACGCUGCCCGUGCUCGAGACGCACCUUAACGCCCAGGUGCGCAAUAUCCUCGAGUUCCUGAAGACGCAGAGGGGAUCGAAGGCGGCGACGGUUCAACUCGCGAGGCAGGGGAUAGAUGGCGCGGAGUAUGAGUUUGCGAGGAUGUUGGUGGAGGAUCGGAAUAAUGAGGCGCAGAGUUAUGUGGAUUGGCUUGUGCAUGUGCAUAAGGCUAUUCAACUCGAGCUUAAUGGGUCUAGGAAGAGGGAAGAUAAGAGCGAAGGAGGAAUCUCGUCUUUCGCCGGCUUCAGACCGAACUAUUGGUAG